UCAACUGCACAUAGACAUAUUCCCAAUGUUCAUGUGCAUAAUUCAGAUUCUCAUUUUCAAAUUAUGUGUUAGAUAAUCACAACUAAAACUACGUAUACCUUUAAGAGCUGAUGAUGCAGGUAACUGUGUUCCAUAAAUAAAUGCUCUUAAUGUACAAAUUUAAUUUGGAAUAAAUGCAAACAGGAGGAAGUUUCACUUCAUGAGCUUAUUACUGGAGGGAAAGUUGAGGUUCUUGGGUAGUGCAGGUGCAGCAGAUGGAAGCAGUGUUAAGGGAUUACAGUAACUCCUUUAGCGGCGUGCAGUCAGUGAGAUUAUAGUGUCCCAUCCUCCGUGAGGGGAGGAUGGCUCAGGGAGAGGAGGAGAGAGGAGAUCUGUGCAGCUCGCAGCUCCUUCAUCCGGUCCUGAGUCACAUGUCCUCUACGCUGCUGCUGCUGCUGCUGCUGCUACUGCAGCACACCGGGACACCUACCUCGAUUUUCUGGACUGCACAGCCACCACCGUGGGGACUGUCGUUGAUGCAGCUCUAAGGGAAGCACGCCUUAGGUGUCCCCACCAGUCUGCCAUGCUGAUUACAUGGUGGUAUUUAUACCUAGCAGCUCGGAGCUUCGCCGAACAAACACUGAGAAUGGCUUCAGUCCUGCAAAAGCUGAUCACCCCGCUGUUCACCGGCACUCCUGAGCCCCCCAGGAACAAAGUGACGGUAGUGGGUGUGGGUCAGGUCGGCAUGGCCUGUGCCGUCAGUAUCCUGCUCAGGGAGCUGGCUGAUGAGCUGGCCCUGGUGGAUGUGGUGGAGGACAAGCUGAAGGGAGAGAUGAUGGACCUGCAGCACGGCAGCCUGUUCCUCAAAACCCCCAAAAUAGUCGCAGACAAAGAUUACUCAGUUACAGCAAACUCCCGCAUCGUUGUCGUCACAGCCGGAGUCCGUCAGCAGGAGGGAGAGAGUAGGCUGAACCUCGUUCAGAGGAACGUCAACAUAUUCAAGCACAUCAUCCCUCAGAUUGUACGAUACAGCCCCGACUGCAUCAUCAUUGUUGUUUCCAACCCGGUCGACGUUCUGACCUACGUGACCUGGAAACUGAGUGGCCUUCCGAAGCACCGCGUCAUCGGCAGCGGCACCAACUUGGACUCGGCCCGCUUCCGCUUCCUGAUGGCGGACAAACUUGGCAUCCACUCCAGCAGCUUCAACGGGUGGAUCCUGGGAGAACACGGAGACACCAGUGUGCCUGUAUGGAGCGGGACGAAUGUGGCCGGAGUCAACCUGCAGACACUGAACCCCAACAUCGGCACAGACUUUGAUGAAGAGAACUGGAAAGAAACUCAUAAGAUGGUGGUGGAUAGCGCGUAUGAGGUGAUCAAGCUGAAGGGUUACACCAACUGGGCCAUCGGUCUGAGUGUGGCCGACUUAACCGAGAGCCUCAUGAGGAACAUGAACAGAAUCCAUCCGGUCUCCACCAUGGUGCAGGGCAUGUAUGGGAUCAGCGACGAGGUGUACCUGAGUCUGCCCUGCGUGCUGAACAGCGGAGGCGUGGCCAGUGUGGUCAACAUGACCCUGACGGAUGAAGAGGUGGCCCAGCUGCAGGCCAGCGCCAACACGCUGUGGGACAUCCAGAGGGACCUGCGGGACAUCUAACCCACCACAAGGGGGCGAUGCAGAAGCAUCUCCUCGGUUCGGUUGCUCUUCACUCUGCAGUCACUGAAAACCAUUCGGUUCCACUUGCUUCGCCUCACUCACUUCUUCCUGUAGAUUCUUAUCAUAUUUAGCCGUAGGUGUCAUUUUGAACAUCUAUAAAUGUUCGUGAGGAGAUCAAAGGUGGAAAAAACAGAGGGAAAUGUCUUGAUGUACAUGCUCGGAACCACAAAGCGUUGCUUUGAUGCAAAAUAAAGAAGGUUUACUGGG